AUGAUGCUUAUGCGACCAGACUUUUGUGUGCUGGUUUUUCUGCUAAUUGUUGCUUCUGUAUGCGUGUCCGCUAACACGACUUCUUCUCCUGAUGGUAAAAUUCUUGCUCCUCGUAGUCGAGGAGGUGUUCCUGUUCCUAAGGAAGAGUCAGGUACUCUUCGUAUUGAAGUAAUCGAUCCUCCAGAGGAAGAUGUUCCCAAUCCUCCUCGAGUGGACAGUGCUGGAGGAGAUCGUGCUGCAGAGACUGUUCAUGUGCAAGAACAGCAAUUGGUGAGAACGGGUCAGGAACAUCAACUACAGGAGGAGAGCACUGAAGGUGCAAUGAAGACAGAUAAAGCGAAACCUGAUGCUCCUGAGAAAUUAACGCCCACCGUUGAUGCUCAGCCCACACCGACACAGCUCACAGAUCCAAAAUCAAAUGUACCACAAGGAGAAAUUAAUCCUGCUUUGCCACAAGAUAUAAAGAAACCCAAAGAGUCCCAGGACCCUAAGGAAAGAGACAUUCCAUCUGAUUCCAACAGCUUAUCCAACACAAAUACAGUCUCCAAGGAAACUGGGGAUUCAGGGGCCUCUUCUACCACACCUUCACCACAGACAAGCGCAGAUACAACUGCAUCAGAUGGCACUCCUGUUAACUCAAGCCAAGAAGGUAUCAAGAAUGCUGAUGCCAACGGUACUGAGUCUCCCGAUACAACAACGAAUACAUCAGAGAGCAUAAACACUGACACUCCCAAUACAACCAGUAAUAAUGAGGAAUUAACCUCUACUCCAUCUCCUGUACCCAACGCAGAGAUCAACACCAUCGCUUCCACAGUACAGACGAACAAGCCCAUUGUUGACAGCAGUGUCAGUCCUGUGUGGAUGGGCACUGCAGCACCGUUACUGAUUGUGGUUGUGAUGUUCUCCGCUACCGUGUACUGA